CUACUACUACUCCAACAACAACAACAACCUUAACAAUAACCAUUGUCACACCAAUAACCAGUAUCUCAACAACAAUUACUACUACUUCCACCAAAACCACUACAACCAUUAUAACACUGGUCACCACUACAACGACAACCGCCCAUACUAUAGCAUACAACUAUUUCACCAAAAAUACAAAACCACCAGAGACGGUCACUCCAAAAUGGCCAAAGUUGUGAUAGCCUACAUUCUGUGGUUCUUUGGUGGACUGUUUGGAAUUCAUCAUAUUUAUUUGAACAGAGAUAACCAGGCUCUGGUGUGGUGGGCAACUCUGGCAGGCUGUGGAAUUGGUUGGUUUAGGGACCUCUGGAGAAUUCCAUUUUAUGUACGCCGUGCCAAUAAUGACCAGUUUUAUGUUGAAGAAAUGAAAGACCGGAAGCGGAUUUAUUCUCAUCCACCAAUCACUUAUGAAAGAAUCAUAAGCCAGAUCUUCAUCUCGGCACUCUUUGCUUAUCUGUUUUAUUCUGCUUGGCCUUCGGAACUCCUAGAAUCUUAUGGAAGUCUCAAGAUUUUGGUAGUGGCUGUUUUCACACCAAUUGUUGCUGCUUAUGGUGUGAUGCUGGUAGCCAACAUUGGUGACCAAGAGGGCGACUUGAAACUCUCACUCAUUGGUUCCUUUCUUGGAGUUCCUUUCUAUUGGAACAAUCCAACCCAAAUCAUAUACUCUUCGCUGAUUUCUACGGCUCUUCUCAACUACAAGGGCAACAAAUGGACCAAAACAACACCUCGUCCUUCUCGGACCAGUUGCCCGAAACGAACUUUAAGAAUAACAAUAUUCUGCUCUAUCUACCUUACAUUGUGGGUCUCGGUUAUUUGUCACAAUGCUACGGUCACAAACAUCAACGGAGAAGAGCGAAAAUUGUCCGAAGUAAUCUCUACGUUUUUCGCGUCACCAGCAUGGGAAGAAACGAAAGAAUCGAUCUGGUUUCUCUUUGAGUAUGGUACACAAUACGGUUGGUACAAUCUGGCUGAAGCUGUAUGGAAGAUAUUUGACUCCGACGGCAUGCACAAUGCUUACAAGGUACUUGGUUUACAUCAUAACGCCUCUUUGCAAGAAAUCAAAAGCAGUUACAGAAAACUGGUCAAGGAAUGGCACCCUGACAGACACCAAGACCCCAAAAUGAAGGAAAUUGCUAGUAAACAAUUCAUUACCAUUCAAAGUGCCUACAUCACACUCACAAAGGAUAAAUCUAGCAGAAGUGUCUAAAUAUU